CAAUCCACCCCCCACACAGCUGAAUGGCUUAGUGAUAGAGAUCAGUGCAGCUGAGCAUUUACCUGGAGGGAGGGAAAACAUGCACUGCCUUAAAAUCCUGAAGGUGAGGAACAACAAGACUCAGCAUGUCCUUCCAGUCAAAGCAGCUGAUGACUGUAGAAGUCUUUAAAGGAACACUUGGGAUUGUCACAGCUGAUACAGGAUGUGGAAAUCCUCAGGCGGCGAGCCGGAUUAUGGGCGGGCAGAAUGCCCAGGAGGGUCAGUGGCCGUGGCAAGUGAGUUUACGCCUCAACGGACAACACUUCUGUGGUGGAUCCCUUAUCAGUGAAUCCUGGGUGGUCUCCGCUGCCCACUGUAUUAAGAGUACUGUGACGACCUCCACACUCACCAUCCACCUGGGCUGUUAUCAACUUUCUAAACCAAAUUCCCAUGAGAUUUCUGUUAAGCCGAAAAGAUUCAUAAAAAAUCCUAUUUAUACAAACGUGGGCUCGUUGGGGGACAUCAGCCUCAUAGAGCUGGAGACUCCGGUCAACUAUACCGCCUUCAUCCUCCCGGUCUGCCUCCCUACCGCCAAUGUGGACUUCCCCAUGGGGAUGUACUGCUGGGUCACCGGCUGGGGCAGCAUCAGGUCUGGAGUGAGUCUCCUGAGCCCCCAGACUCUGCAGAAGGCCGAGAUCCCCCUGAUUGACACGCAGACCUGCGACUCGCUCUACCGUAUCCAUUCCGAUGUGAGCAGCUCUGAUCCCAAAAUCCUGAGUGAUAUGAUCUGUGCCGGGUAUAAAGCAGGGGGCACAGACUCUUGUCAGGGUGACUCCGGGGGCCCUUUGGUCUGCUCCCAGGGUGGACAGUGGUUCUUAGCCGGGCUGGUGAGUUGGGGAGAUGGAUGUGGAGAGGUAGACCGCCCUGGGGUAUACACCCGACUGACCACCUACCACGCCUGGAUUAAGCAGAAUGCUCCUGAGACGGAGAAGAACAUGGUGGACGUCAACUUUACCGGUGCCGUGAACAAAGACGCUUACCUGAGCAACGGUCAGAGUGGGACUAACCGAGCUACAUUUCCCAGCAUGUCAAUAUCGGCUUUAGUAAUGGCUGUUUUAUGUAUCGGCAUGUUAGUCUUCUUCUCGCCAGCUGCUCUCAUGAAGCCCCCAGCGGAGACCCUCCUUCUCACAUCUGCCCUGAUCAUUGAAAUCCUCUUGAGGGUGAAAAUGACGAAGGCUCAAACUUUGACUCUCGUUGGCCAAGAACAGCUUGGAAGCCGAUGUCUGUUCAGCUGGAAAAGCUUAUUCCCCGUCUUAUUCCUGACGCUGGGUGUUGUCCUGAAGGUGGCUUCCUGUACAGAAUGUGGUCAUCCGUCCAUAUCCCAGCGUGUUGUGGGGGGAGAGAGUAUUUCUUCAGGCAAAACGCCGUGGAUGGCAAGCCUCCUCCACAAUGGCUACCAUGUCUGUGGGGCGGCAGUCAUAUCCAGAACCUGCUUGGCCACCGCGGCUCAUUGUCUAAAUGGAAAAGAUCGCACAAAGCUCUCCGUCAUGCUGGGCACCAUGAACCUCACUGGUCCGAGCAGCACCAGAGUCACCAUAGAUGUAAAAGCCGUCACCCUUUACCCGGAAUACAAUGAAAUCGACUACUCUAGGGACCUUGCGAUGCUUGAAUUGAAGAAUCCCAUCAAUUUUACAAGCAACAUUCUUCCAAUCUGCCUCCCUGGGCCCAAUCAGAACUUUCCCGACGGGAAGAUGUGCUCCCUAACAGGCUGGGGGUCCAUUGCAGAAGGCGUUUCGUUACCUCAGCCAUACGCCCUACAGGAAGUGAAACUCCCUCUGAUAAAUUCCGAUACAUGUGAUCGCAUGUUCCUUGAGAAAUAUGGAGACAUGUACCCAGUGGGGACAAUCCGCAGUGACAAUAUUUGUGCCGGUUAUACCAACCAAAGAAAAGAUGGUUGCCAGGGAGAUUCAGGAGGUCCCUUGGCAUGCCAGGUAGGCGACACUUGGUUCCUGGUUGGGAUUGUCAGCUGGGGGGUUGGCUGUGCCACACCUGGCAUCCCUGGAGUCUACACCAAAGUCUCCAACUUCACCACUUGGAUGGUCGAACAGUGUAAUCUCAAUGACACCUUCAAAAAAAUUAACUCCACAACAGUAAAGACCACAACAGUAAAGACCACAACAGUAAAGACCACAACAGCAAAUACCGCAACAGCAAAUACCACAACAGCAAAUACCACAACAGCAAAUACCACAACAGCAAAUACCACAACAGCAAAUACCACAACAGCAAAUACCACAACAGAAAAGCCCACAACAGCAAAUACCACAACAGUAAAGCCCACAACAGAAAAGCCCACAACAGAAAAGCCCACAACAGUAAAGACUACACCAUGCUCCACUGCCAAAUUAUCCUCUCAACAGCCCAAACAGGCAGCUCAGGUCUUAGGUGCGGUCAAACAAACCACUGCUGCCAAUGGAGCCAACCUUGGAUCUUCUAUAACGAUGAGCCUUCUGAUUAUAUCUUCCAUAAUCGUCAAAAUACAGGACAUUCUGUUUUCCUCCUCGAACCCCAUAUCUUGUGGUGUCCCGGCAGUACCCUCCAGCCGUAUAGUUGGGGGUUCAGACUCUGUGGCCGGCGAGUGGCCCUGGCAGGUCAGCCUGCAGUACCGGGGCUCCCCUAUAUGUGGGGGGUCCCUCAUCUCCCCGCAGUGGGUGCUGAGUGCCGCACAUUGCUUUGACAGGAGUCACAGUCCUCGGGACUACAGGGUCCUCCUAGGAGGGUACCGGCUGGCAGUCCCCUCCCCCCAUGAGCUCCACUCCGGAGUAGAGACCCUGAUAACCAAUCCACAAUACAUGACUGUGGGCAACCCGGGGGACAUCGCCCUGCUGAAGAUGACCAGCGCCCUCAAUUAUACCAAUCAUAUCAUGCCGGUCUGUCUGCCAUCCUCCUCUGUCGUCUUCCCCUGUGGCAUGGACUGCUGGGUAACCGGCUGGGGGGCCACAUCUUCUGGAGUCAGCCUCCGGCACCCGCAAACGCUACAGAAGGUGAUGACGCCACUUAUUGACCACGUGACCUGUGAUCAGAUGUACCACGUGGGAGCCGGUGAAAGUAACAGCACGGCGAUCAUCCAGAGUGACAUGAUCUGCUCUGGGUACCCCCAGGGGCAAAAAGAUUCCUGCCAGGGGGACUCCGGCGGGCCUCUGGUGUGUCAUGUUGAGGGGGUCUGGUACCAGGCUGGCAUUGUAAGCUGGGGUGAGGACUGCGCUCUACCAUACCGCCCUGGGGUGUACACCUUGGUGACAGCUUACCAGUUAUGGAUGGAGGAAGAGGUCCCAGAGCUGACGUUCAUCAAUCUGACAAACAUACCGGAGCCCAGCGGAGUAUGUGGAGCAGAUGAGAUCCCCACCCCCGAGAGUACAGGUGAGAUCCCCACCCCCGAGAGUACAGGUGAGAUCCCCACCCCCGAGAGUACAGGUGAGAUCCCCACCCCCGAGAGUACAGGUGAGAUCUCCACCCCCGAGAGUACAGGUGAGAUCUCCACCCCCAAGAGUACAGGUGAGAUCCCCACCCCCGAGAGUACAGGUGAGAUCCCCACCCCCGAGAGUACAGGUGAGAUCUCCACCCCCGAGAGUACAGGUGAGAUCCCCACCCCCGAGAGUACAGGUCACCCUCAGGAAAAGCCGGAGUGGAGGCUUGAGGCUGGGAAGGACCUGGAUCCUCUAGGAUCUCCAAGAUUGGAGAAACAGACCCGUCAGUUGUCUCCCACAUCUGUGAUCUCCAACCUUACUACACCGGCCCAGCCAACCUGUGGCACACCGCUCAUCAACAAUCGAAUAGUUGGUGGUACAAACGCAGCUGACGGAGCAUGGCCAUGGCAGAUUAGCUUGCGCUAUCAAGGCUCCCACAUUUGUGGUGGCUCCUUGAUCUCCAACCAAUGGGUGAUGACUGCUGCCCAUUGUUUUGAAUAUUCUUCCAACCCAUCAGACUACACGGUUGUUAUGGGAGCGUACAAGCUUAGCGUCACCAAUUCUCACCAGAUUACAUCCACUGUGCAGAAUCUCACCAUCAACUCUCUAUGGAGCGGCGCCGGGACCCCCGGAGACAUUGCGUUAAUCCAACUCUCCAACCCCAUCACUUAUAACGAGUACAUUCUGCCUGUGUGUGUGCCAUCAUCAUCCAUAGACUUCCCAGCGGGCAUGAACUGCACUGUGACUGGAUGGGGCAAUAUCGGGACUGGCGUAUCGCUGCCAUACCCGGGAAUCCUCCAGCAGGUGACAGUACCACUUAUCAGCAACAGUCAAUGUGACGCGAUGUACCACAUUGGUUCCGGCCUCAGUAACAGUAUAAUCAUCGUCCCCAGUGACCAGAUCUGUGCCGGGUACAAGGCUGGAAAUAAAGACUCCUGCCAGGGAGACUCUGGGGGUCCUUUGGUCUGUCAAGUUAAUGGUCGCUGGUAUCAAGUUGGCAUUGUCAGCUGGGGAGAUGAGUGCGCCCUACCUAACCGGCCCGGAGUUUACACCUACGUCCCUGACUAUUAUAAGUGGAUCUAUUCCUAUGGAGCCACUCGAUCCUACUCAUCUGCGUCAGUUUUCACUGCGUCCCUGCUGAUGCUUCUGAUUUGCUUACUCUUGCACAUGUGAAGGAACGGUUGGGGACUGGAAGACAGAAAAGCUUUCUUUUUUUUUAAUUCACUAUUUAAAUGAAAACUACAAACAAGCAAAGAACAUUUGUGUGGAAACUGGAUGGUCAUCUUCCAUAUGGUGCUCAAUGUUAACGAUAAGACAUAAUAGAUCUUGUGUUUUUUUUUUUUUUUGUUCUACCCGUGUGCAUUCUGAGGUGCACAUUGGUCACUUACAUUUCAGGGUAUGAAUAGUGAUUUUAUUUUGUACAACAUCACGACUUCAAAAACUGUCAGAACCUAUGAAGUCAGGGCCAACUCCGUGCCAUCAACCAUAAGCAGCCCAACCUAGCUAGUUUUUUUUUGGCCAAGACCAUCUCAAGCAGUAGUUAACCAAUAGUACAAUAUCACAACCUUAAUAACUGUUAAGGCCCAUACACACGGCCGGACUUUUUGACAACAAACUUCAAAAUUCCCAGGUUUUCCAAAAAAUCCUACCAU